UCCUCUGCGGCGGGCCAAGAUGGCGGCGCGGAAUGGCGUCAGGAGCGAUUCGGAAAGCAGCAGCAGCAGUAGUAGUGAUGCAGAGGAGCUGGCUCGGUGCCGCGAGGCGGCGACGCCGGCCUGGGGCUUGGAGCAGCGCCCGCGGGGGCCAGAGAAACCAAGAGACGGUGCUGCAAAUAACCAGUUACCAACCUCCCAACCAAGCCUCAGGCAUAAGGUAGAUGAGCACCAACAAGAUGGCAACGAGCUUCAGACCACCCCCGAAUUCCGAGCCCACGUGGCCAAGAAACUGGGAGCCCUGCUGGACAGCGUCAUUACCAUCUCAGAAGUAGUGAAGGAGCCAGCAAAAACCGAGGUACAGAAAGUCACCUCAGAGGAUGACGGUUUCCGCCUUUUCUUCACAUCUGUCCCUGGAAGCCCUGAGAAGAAAGCUUCUCCCAAGCCCCGCAGAAAGCGACAGCCCUCCAGCUCCAGCAGCGAGGACAGUGAGGAGGAGUGGCAACGGUGCCAGGAGGCAGCUGUGUCAGUAUCCGCCAUCCUGCAGGAGUCAGCCAUCCAUAACCCUGUCAGAGUGGAGAAGGAGGCAAGGAAGAAAAGGAAGUUGAAAAAGAAACACAAGAAGGUGACCCGUGUUGAUUCCUCUGUAGUCACCUCCACCAGCACCACCACUGAGGCCACGAUCCAGAAGCAGGAAAAGCAGCCAAGCAAGCUGAAUGGAGACCAGGUAUCAUUUGGAACCAAAAAGAAGAAAAGGAAGAAAAAGGCAAAGAAGACCAGUGAGCCUUCUCCACUCCCACCUACAGACUGACCCCGGCUGUGGGCACAGGGCCCAGCUAGGACAAGGUGCCCACCGGGAAUGAGGCAAUUUCGAAUCCCACCUUCUGCUCCAAGUUCAAGGACUUGGCUGGCAAGUCCAGACUCUGCCCACAAGACCCCAGUUGUGAUGGGGGCUUGCCCAAGAGUCGGGGCAAAGAUACUGCUAUAUAUAGGGUGAGAAGCCUAAGCGAGGCCUGCCUCUCUGUGCUCCCACAAGGGCUAAGGCAGACCUGUUCUGUUGUACCAGAACAUUCCGUGGCCACCGGAAGAAGGAUCCUUCUAGUUAUUCAAGACUAGUACCCAAGUGGUACAGCUCCUGUCUCCCCAGAACUGUCUGAGGUGGACCUGUGAAGGGAUGCCUUUCUCCUCAGCCUGGUUUGAGAAACCUUCUGCAGAAAAUAAGAGAAGGGGUCCCCAAGAUGCCAUUUUUUGUUUCCUCCCCUUAGCCCACAUAGACUUGAUAGAAUUGCCUGAAACAGGAGUCAGAGAUUUCUCCCCUUGGUUUUCCAGAGUUUUUUUUUUCUCUGCCUUUGUGAAUUUAUCGGGCAUGAUGAUAUCUCUGAGCCAACCAGAUUGUUGAAAAUAAAUUGUCAAGGGACCCAAAACAAAAUUCAGUGUGAUUGAGUGUUGCCUCCCUGUCAAUGCCAAACCUUAAUGAAACAUUUUAAAUCAACAUCUUCCUCUUGCCUCUGCCCCUAGGAAAUGUUCCUUCACCCCAAUUUCAAGACUUCAGGAAAUGUGACACAGCUAUGGACUAGGUCCCAUUAACAGGGGUCUCCUACAGGAAGGAAUAGAAGAAGUUGAAGGUUCAGGUGAGAUUCUGGCUUCAUCCUUCAUUGCCAGAGUACCAGAGCAAGAAAAGUAGAGACAACAAUGGGAGGCUGAAGCAGGCAGAUUGCUUGAGCU